AUGGCGGUGGUGGUGAUGACAAUGGCAAUGGCAGUGGCGAUGGUGGUUUGUGGGGGAGGUGGUGGUGGUGAUGGAGGUGGUGGCUGUGGCAAUGAUGGUAAUGAUGAUGGCAGUGGUGGUGGUGGUGACGAUGGGGCUAAUAGUGGGGGUGGUAGUGGUGGUGGAGGUGGAGAAUUGGGGGAGAAAGAAAGUGAGUUUGUUAAAAUUGAGGCUAAACUACAUCCAUAUAGUGGCAAAAGGGAUGGGAAUUUCUCUCAGACACACACAAUGACAAUAUACUAUAGGGGUUCAAACUUGAGACCAUUGAUAUGUAGUCAAGACCCUUUUUCAUUGGGCUAA